GCCUAGCCGUGGCAGCUGCCCCGCUGCUCCUCCUCCUCCUCCUCUUUCCCUCAUCCCCACCCCUCUUCGCACCCCCUCCCCCCUUGCUUGCACACUUGGCCGACCUGGCUUUUCUGCUUGCUGCACACACUCGCUUUCCCUCCCCAAGCUUUGUCUCAGCCACUUUCAGGGUCUCCUCUUCUUUUGCUUCUUGAGGGCUAGGAGAGUUGGGUUCUUAUGGCUUGGCUUUUUUUUUUCCCCCAACAUUGCUAAAUCCUUUGUAAGAAAUAGCAACCUCUUGUUUAUCUGUUUUGGGUUACAAAUCUCAGGUCGUUUUCCAACUCCAGAUUAUUUUUGGAUGUGACAACCCAGGGCAUGCCUGCAGUAUGUAACUUAGACCAAUUUUACCUGGCUCUCUAGCCCUCCUUCAUUCUUUUGAGUUUGCUGCCGAAUUGCACAGUCAGCAUUACCACCUUGCUCUCCCCAGUUGCCCAUAUGAAGGAAAUGUGGGUUUCCAGAGAACUUUAAUAUUGCUGCAGCUGAGUUGUAGCAGGUACUCAUUAAUGAGUGAAGGAUCAAAAAGCAGGACGGUGGUGGAGAAGCAAUGGAGAAUAAAAGCUUAGAAAGUUCACCAUCAGACCUAAAGUUAGUGGCUCACCCGAGAGCAAAAAGCAAAGUUUGGAAAUACUUCGGUUUUGAUACCAAUGCAGAAGGAUGCAUAUUGCAGUGGAAGAAGAUCUACUGCCGUAUUUGCAUGGCACAGAUUGCCUAUUCGGGAAACACUUCCAACCUUUCAUACCACCUGGAGAAAAAUCAUCCAGAUGAAUUUUGCGAAUUUGUAAAGAGUAACACAGAACAGAUGAGGGAGGCCUUUGCUACUGCUUUUUCAAAACUGAAGCCAGAAUCCUCACAGCAGGUUGUUCAGGACACUUUAAUCAUGAAGACCAGCCACAGCUAUGAAAACAAAAAGCACCAGGAGCUGACCUCUGCUGUGAUUAGCCUAAUUUGUGAGGGCAUGUAUCCUUCUUCCAUAGUGGAUGAGCCUACAUUUAAGAUGCUUUUGAAAACAGCGGAUCCACGAUACGAACUUCCUAGCAGAAAAUAUUUCUGUACAAAAGCAAUUCCUGAAAAGUAUAAUGCAGUUAGAGAAAUCGUCUUGAAAGAACUGACAGACAUUUUGUGGUGUGGAAUAUCCACUGAUAUAUGGAGAAGCCAAAACCAGAAUAGGUCCUAUGUAACCCUUGCAGUUCAUUUCCUCAAUAGCAGCUCUUCUCAUUGUUUGGCUGUUAACUCAAGAUGCUUAAAGACAUUUGAGGUCCCUGAAGAAAACACUGCAGAGACGAUUACAAGAGUCCUUUAUGAGAUCUUCAUUGAGUGGGGGAUCAACACAAAAGUCUUUGGUGCUACAACAGAUUAUGGGAAAGAUAUUGUGAAAGCUUGCUCACUUCUAGAUAUUCCAGUUCAGAUGCCUUGUUUGGGUCAGACUUUCAAUACAGGAAUACAACAAGCUUUCCAGCUUCCUAAGCUGGGCAGUCUCUUGGCAAGGUGCCGGAAACUGGUGGAAUAUUUUCAGCAGUCUACAGUAGCCAUGUACAUGUUAAGCGAAAAACAGAAACAGCAGAACAUAAUGCACUGCAUGCUUGUGAGUGAUCGUGUUUCCUGGUGGGGAAGCACACUUGCCAUGUUGCAACGAUUGAAAGAGCAGCAGUUUAUCAUUGCAGCUGUUUUGGUGGAAGACAGUAAUAAUCACCACCUUAUGUUGGAGACCAGCGAAUGGAAUACCAUUGAGGGGCUGGUGGACCUGCUGCAUCCCUUUAAGCAAGUGGCCGAGAUGAUGUCUGCAUCCAAGUAUCCCACAAUAAGCAUGGUGAAGCCCCUCCUUCAUAUGCUUCUCAACACAACCCUGAACAUCAAAGAAAAUGAUUCGAAAGAAAUCAGUAUGGCAAAGGAAGUGAUAGCCAAAGAAUUGUCAACAACAUAUCAGGAAACCCCUGAGAUAGACAUGUUCCUUAAUGUGGCAACAUUUCUGGACCCUAGGUACAAGAAGCUGCCUUUCCUUUCUGCAUUUGAACGGCAGCAGGUUGAAAACAGAGUUGUAGAGGAAGCAAAAAGCCUCUUGGAAAAAGUAAAAGAAAAUAGUUUCAGGCCCGAAGAAAAGCUCUUUUCGUUAUCUGAGGAGCCGCCGGUGAAAAAAAUGAUCAUUUCUUCCACCCCACCCCCAACUAGUGCAAUUAAUAACAUGCUGGCAGAAAUCUUCUGCCAAACAGGGGGUGUGGAAGAUCAAGAGGAAUGGCAUGCCCAGAUCGUGGAGGAAUUGAGUAACUUUAAGUCUCAAAAAGUACUUGGCCUAAAUGAAGAUCCACUUAAAUGGUGGUCUGAUCGAUUGGCAUUGUUUCCUGUCUUACCAAAGGUACUUCAAAAGUAUUGGUGUAUUUUAGCUACAAGGGUCUUCCCUGAACGACUUUUUGGUUCAUCUGCCAAUGUUGUAAGUGCUAAGAGAAACAGAUUAGCUCCAGCUCAUGUGGAUGAGCAAGUCUUUUUAUAUGAAAAUACACGUAAUGGAUCCGAAGCUGAACCUGAAGAUGAGGAUGAGGGAGAAUGGGGCUUGGAACAGGAACAGAUUUAUACUUUAAGUGACACAGUUAAUGUAAGCAACAAUUUCUUUAAUAUAAGGGACAGUGGAUUCAUCUGACAGUCACGUUAAAAUGCAUUAAAGAAAAGGUGUUUGUCUUAAAAGUUACCAAAAAUAACCUGUUUUAUGCUUUUUUGUAAAUAUAGAACAGAUGUAACAGUGGCUUGGUUUUUCAUUUUCAUGUAUUUGUGCCUGCCAUCCAUAAUCUCAAAAUACAAAAGAAAGCUGGUCUUUGAUGUUAACUGAAAUGAGAAAGAUGGAGUGUUCUCUUUAGGUUUUGACUGUAAUUCCUUGCCCCUACAUAAAUAAUAUUUUUUUUAAAGCAAUGAAAUUAAAGAUUUAGAAACCCACUUAGAAAUGUCCCCCUGAGGAGUUUGACAGAUUAAAUUUAUUAAUAAAAGUAGAGUUGGAGGAGAAAGUUUUGGUUUUAAAAUGUUUGUCUCAUUUAAUUCAGUCAUAUUUUUAAUAGUAUUUUGGAGAGAUCAUAGAGCAAGUAGAAAAAUACCUUUCCUAGAGCCCUAGGUAUAAGGUUAUAGUUUUUUUUUUAUUUAAAUAUGUAAAAUAUUUACUUUUUAAUUUAAAUGGGAACUUCGCUCAGAAAAUUCUCCAAGCCCUUUAGUAGAAAUAUUCUUUAAAGAGAAGGCAAGCUUUAAGUUCAGUCUCAAUGUGCAAAUGAGCAUGUAGAAGUACUUACCCUCCCUAUCCUUCCCUCAAAUAUGAGGUGUUAAAUUUUUGUUAUGUUUCUUGUCAGACUGCCAGCUCUGAGACAUCUCUCUCCUUUUUGCCAAAACUCAUCUUUAGAGGUGGUUAGUUUAAGCUGUUUCUAAAGUUAUUGGAUCCUUUUUCUGGUUGAUGUAUUCUUAGUAUAUGAUAGUUUGCUUUGUGUCAGAAUGCUUACGUGUUCUGCAUUUCUUAAAAACAGUAAUUUUUUGCAGGCAGAAAUAAGGUAUCUCUUAUGAAUAGUUGCUUUUAAAACAAAACAAAAAUCCCUAGCCUGUUUUCUGGUUUGUUACGUGAAGGUAGCCAAAUGUCCAUGAAGAUUUUUAGAUCCUGUUAUUUAGGAGAAAAAUUAUUUAAUUUUUUUAUCUUAACUCUCCUUAAAAGCAGGAACACUUGUUUUUGUGUUUGAAUCCCCCAGUACCCAGCCCAGUGCCUUGCACAAAGUAGGCGCUUAAUAAUUAUUUGCUUAGUCAAAAUGAAUUUAACUCUACACCACUUGUCCAAAUAAAUUUGCAAAGUUGCCCUGUUUUGCUUUACCUUUUGAGUCAGUUUGAGGUGUUUACAUUUGGUAUUCAGGGAAGUAUGAAGAAAUAUGCUACACCUCGGUCUGUUAUUUGAUCUUGAAAAUUUCGAUUGUUAAGGAAUUCAAAGAGGCACACUAUCUUUGUGUGUUAAAUUCACCUCACUGGCUGUUCUGUGCAUCUAUUUAAGCAACCCAUAUUGGGAAAGACAGCAUAUAAAUGGUUUUAAGAAUGACCAUUUUAGCUAGUAACUAAAUUCUGCCCUGGGGUUGGAGUUGUAGAUAUGUGAGUGUUUAAAAAAAAAAAAAAAAAGUCAACCCUGGAAAUUGGUGAGAAUUUCAC